UUUGUUUUUAUUCAUUGGAUGGCCGUAUCUAAAUAAGUAUAUAUAUAUACAUACACACGGACAUACAUAAAAAGGAAGAAAUUUAACUAAGCAUAUUAUACAUAUGACUAAAGACAUAACAAUGGCGGAUGCCGCCGGAAAGCCACCGCCGCCGCACGUAUUAAUGCUUCCGUACCCUCUCCAGGGCCACGUCAUCCCCUUCGUCAACCUCGCCGUCAAGCUCGCCGCCGCCGGCUUCACCGUCACCUUCAUCAACACCGACUACAUCCACCGCCAGAUCUCCUCCUCCGCCGGCGGCGGCGGCGACUUAUUCGCCGAAGCUCGCAAGUCCGGGCUGGAUAUCCGGUACACCACCGUGAGCGACGGCUUCCCGGUGGAGUUCGACCGGUCCCUCCACCACGACCAGUUCUUCGAGGGGAUCGUCCACGUCUUCUCCGCCCACGUCGACGAACUCGUCGGAAACCUCCGCCGGCGAGACCCGUCGAUCGGCGGCAUGAUCUUCGACACGUUCUACGUCUGGCCGUCCGCCAUCGCCGAGAAGCAUAACCUCGCGAACAUAUCUUUCUUCACGGAACCCGCCCUCGUCUUCACUCUCUACUACCAUAUCGACCUCCUCCGCCGCCACCGCCACUUCGCCGCCUCCGAAAAUCGAGAGGACGCCAUAGACUACAUACCUGGAGUGAAGUCGAUAAUGCCGACCGAUUUGAUGUCGUAUCUUCAAGCCAAAAUCGACAUCAAUACGACGCCGCAUCGGAUCAUCCAAAAGGCCUUCAACGACGUCAAGAAAGCCGACUUCAUCCUCUGCAACACCGUGGACGAACUCGAGCCCGACACUAUCGCCGCCCUACGCCGCCGCCAGCCUUUCUACGCCGUCGGCCCCAUCUUCCCCCCAACCUUCACCGCCACCGGAAUCGCCACAAGCUUCUGGUCGGAGUCCGACUGCGCCGACUGGCUCGCCGCCAAGCCGAGCCGCUCCGUCCUCUACGUCUCCUUCGGCAGCUAUGCCCACGCGAGCCGCCGCGAAAUCGCCGAGAUCGCCGGCGGCUUAGCGCUGAGCGGCGUCGAUUUCAUUUGGGUGCUCCGACCGGACAUCGUCAGCUCCGGCGAGACCGACAUCCUUCCCGCCGGAUUCGAGGAGGAAAUGGCGGCCUCCGGGCGGGGAUUGGUGGUGCCGUGGUGCAGGCAGAUGGCGGUGCUGGCGAAUCCGGCGGUGGGAGGGUUUCUGACGCACUGCGGCUGGAAUUCGAUUCUGGAGAGCAUCUGGUGUGGAAUUCCGAUGAUUUGCUACCCGCUGUUGACGGAUCAGUUCACGAAUCGGAAAUUGGUGGUGGAUGAUCUGAAAAUUGGGAUCAAUCUCUGCGACGGCCGGAGGUACAGCGAGAGCAACGGCGACGGCGAUUGCGUGGUGUGGAGAGAAGGGGUCUGUGAGAAAAUUAAGAGGCUGAUGUCGUCGGAGUUGCAGAAGGAGGUGAUACAGGUGAGGAAGGUUCUGGAAGAGGCGGCCAUGGAUGGAUCUUCGGCCAGGAAUUUCCAGUGCUUUCUCAGGGAUUUGAAGGGGAAGAUUGCUGCCAAUAAUAAUAAUUAAUUGCAUUUGCAGGGUUUAAUCAUCAUAUAAAUAUAUAUUAAUAUUAUCAUCUUUGUCGCGACCUACCUACAGUUGGUGUGUGCACGGUUAGGAUUGAAACAAUGUAAAAAAUUUUAAUUUUGAAUUGGAAUAGUUGCAUUGUUUUGUGUUGAUUUUAAAA